AGUCGCUGCACGGCCGCUGCAGUGCCAGCCGGCCCUGAUGGUCGCCCCAUUCACACGUACCGGCAGCAGCACCUUUGAUCGCAGGGGUAUUUAACCCCAGUGGGCGCACGGGACUCAAACUCAGUCAGUCUGUGGAGAUAAGACAGUAGGGAUCAUGUCUUCAGUUCAUGGGAAUAUGCGCGUCGGGGAUCUGAAUCCUUUCCAGAUGUAUCAUGAAGGAGCUCUGCAGAUGAGCAGCACGGUGAAUCCAGAUUUCGGAGCCACAGGUGUUACACACUACUUCAGCUCUUCAAACUCAGUACAGAGGGCGGAUAAAUGCGUGGCAAUCCUGACCCACAGGAGGAAGAGGACUAACUUCACCCAGCAGCAGAUUGAGGUGCUGGAGAAAGUUUACUCUGACACCAAAUAUCCUGAUAUCUACCUGCGAGAGAAGCUGGAGGCGCUGACCGGGCUGCCUGAGUCAAGAAUUCAGGUGUGGUUUCAGAACAGAAGGGCAAAAUCUCGUCGUCAAGUUGGGUCAUCGGUGUCCAUGAAGGUCGCCAACACGCCUGCAGCUGGACCCUUCAGUCAAAUCCAGAACCGACUGGUAACAGAAAAAGUUUUUGACAACAAUCACACAGCUGAGGCCCACAGGACCGCAGGCUUUGGAUUUGAGGACUGUUUCAGACCCACAAUGCACCAGAACAGAGAAGAUACUCACAGGACCAGCAUGCCCACCAAGCCCAGCAGCAGCUGCAGCAGCAACUACGAGCAACCGCCUCUGUCCUGCAUCUACGACAAAGACGGACCCAGAGUGAAGCCUGAGCAGAUGCAACACGAGCUGAGUGUGAACGUGCCGUGCUGUAACGUGCACCUGUAUCCCAAAGCGAACGAGAAUCAACAUGCCAACAUGACAGGCAGCCAAGGUUCGAAGGUUCUGGUGGAAUAUGACAAUUUCCCUCCAAACAAGACCAUUGGACCAGAGAUGAAGGUUGUGAUUCCUCCCAUCCCGACCCCGAAUAACUUCAGCAGGUCGUCACCAAAGGAGAAUGGAUGCCAAAUUCAAUAUCCACGCAUGAGGAGCACAGGGGACAGGUUCAGUCACUUCUCCCCGCUCCAUGGCCAUGAAGCGCAGGACUUCACUGACUCAGACUCUGACUGGGAAAACGAGGCCAUGGCCAGCUUUGGUGGCUUCAUGUGA